AUCUCAGAUCGUCUCCUUUUAGACUAAAAUACUGUAUUGAAAUCACAAAAAAAAAAGGACUUCAUAAAUCAAACUCCCUAUUCCUCAAAUGUCAUACUUAACAAAAACUGUCUACAGUUAUUGGAACUUUGAUGAAGCUAUCGCGGCCAAGCGCAUUGAAAAAGGAAAUUGCUCUUUGGAGAGUGCGUUUGAUGCAUUAAGACAAGAGUUAAAUUUUCAUAACAACGAAAAAGCGAGCAAAUGGAAACACGAUUGGAAUACUAUGAAAAACAAUUAUCUUGCUCAAUUACCACCACCCACGACUGAGUCGCAUCGAACAUCGUCGUCAGAACCCUCAAAUUAUGCAACACCGAGUAGCUCUUCAACUAUCAAUAUAGGCUCCAUCAAUCAUUCCCUGAACAGUUUCAAUGGCUCAGUGUACAAUUCUCCAGCACCUCAAUCUUCACGCAAAAAAUCAACCCAGCUUCAAAACAAUGACAAGCAAUCGUUCGAUAUGAAUUAUAAGCGUGUUCCUCCAACAGAUAGUCUUGUUAUUGAUGGAAAAGUAAUUUUAGAAAAGUGGAUGCACAAGGCAUCUUGGCAUUAGACAAUAUUUUGCUUUUAAAGAAAGAUCAAAUAUGCGAAGAUGUGAAAAAUAUCUUGGGAAUUGAUAUGAUUCAAAGCUUGACAAACCACAUUCAAAAAAAUAUCGU